AUGGGGUUUCGAGUGAGCAUUGUCUCAAAUAGGGACUCUCGCUUCACCGCACGGUUAUGGCUGAGUUUGCAAAUCGUGAUGGGGACUCAGUUGACUUUGACUACUGCUUACCACCCUCAAACCAAUGGUCAGUCUCAGUGCACAAUUCAAAUUUUGGAAGACAUGUUGAGAGCAUGUGUAUUGGAUUUCAAAGGGUCAUUGGAGAAAUAUUUAUCAUUAGCUGAGUUUGCUAUAACAAUAGCUUCUAAGCUAGUAUUGGGAUGGCACCUUUUGAAGCCCUAUACGGGCAUCCUUAUAUCGCCUAGAAAGAGUUUGAUGAGAUUUGGCCGGAGUGGGAAGCUAUCACCAAGGUUCAUUGAUCUCUUUUAUAUCAUUGAACGAGUGGGGGAAGUUGCUUAUCACCUUGCUUUGCCCCCACAAUUAUCUGGGAUACAGGACGUGUUUCAUAUCUCAAUGCUUCGCAAGUAUGAGCCCGACCCAUCUCAUGUCUUAGACUGGGUGAAUCUUGAAGUAGAUGAAAAUGUUUCCUACGAGAAGAAACCAAUAAAGAUUUUAGAUUCCCGAGAGCAAGUUUUGAGAGCUAAAACUAUACCUCUAGUCAAAGUGCUAUGGCACAAUCAUGGGGUAGAAGAAGCCACUUGGGAAAGGGAAACAGAAGUUCAUGAAAAAUACCCUGAUUUGUUUAAUGAUGUAUGA